AAAUAAGAUUUUAAGCAGUAAAUGCAGUAAAUCUACCUUUCGUAUUUCAGCUUUAUCUUUCGCAUUGAUAUUUGUUUAACUGUACUGUUUGCAUUUACUCGUAUAACGGUGUUAACUCAUUCUGGUUGUGAAAAUGUUGUCUGAUGCCGAGAAAAGGAAGCAGAUAAGUGUUAGAGGAAUAGCACAGUUGGAAAAUGUGUCCAACCUGAAAUCAGGCUUCAACAGACACUUGCACUUUGAUGGAGUCAAAGAUAGAAACGUCGCAACGUCUCUUGACUUCUAUCAUGCAUUGGCACGUACUGUCUGGGACCAUCUUUGCUCACGUUGGAUUCGAACUCAGCAGUUUUAUCACAGGGAAGAUCCAAAGCGUAUAUACUACUUGUCUCUGGAAUUUUACAUGGGUCGUAGCUUGACAAAUACUAUGCUCAACGUAGACAUAUCUGCUGCAGUUGAUGAAGCUAUGUACCAAUUAGGACUGGACAUUGAGGAGUUAGAGGAAAUGGAGUCAGACGCUGGUCUUGGUAAUGGUGGGUUGGGACGUCUGGCAGCUUGUUUCUUGGACUCUAUGGCAACGCUAGGACUAGCUGCCUAUGGAUACGGCAUCCGUUAUGACUACGGAAUUUUUGAGCAGAUUAUUCGUGAUGGCUGGCAGGUUGAAGAACCAGACGACUGGUUACGUUUCGGUAAUCCAUGGGAGAAAGGAAGACCAGAAUAUUGUUAUCCUGUCAAUUUUUAUGGUCGAGUUGAGGAUGCUGGAAACGGACGCAGACGUUGGGUUGAUGCACAUCCAGUUUUCGCUAUGCCUUAUGAUACUCCUAUCCCAGGGUACAGAAAUAACACUUGCAAUACGCUUCGACUCUGGUCUGCCAAAGCCCCAAAAAGUUUCGACCUGGGAAUUUUCAAUAUGGGCGACUACAUAAAUGCUGUGUGUGCACGUAAUCAUGCAGAAAACAUCUCCCGUGUUCUUUAUCCAAACGAUAAUUUCUUCGUUGGUAAGGAACUUCGUCUUCGUCAAGAAUACUUCUUAGUUGCAGCCACUUUACAGAUAAAAACUAUAUCAUCAGAAAUGUCUCCGCAAACUGUUAUUCUUGAAGCAAAUCUCGAAAAUCGUAUUUUGUAUAAGGGACGGUCAUGA